AUGCUGGCCUCUUGCCAGGAUGUUGCCUACGUGAAAUCCCAGCUCCAGAAAUUUCUGAAGGACACGGAUUACAUGGACGCUUUGGAGAGAGAGCAAGUCGUGAGCAUCCUGGCUUUCUCAGCCAAGGGCCACCUGGACCUCACCCUGAGCACCCUGGAGGACUUUGGUGCUGCCAUGAGUAAAGUGCAGGUGUCUGGGAUCAUCAGCCUCCUGCAGGACUUUCACCAGGGGAGAAGAGGCAGGACCCACAGGGCCUUGAUCCUGGCCUACAGCCAAAUAGCUGUGCAUGCCCCCCAAACGCAGCUGCUCCCCCGCGUGGAGCGUGACAUCACCAGGAGGGUCCUGCAGCACUACGUGAGCAGCUGCCAGGUGCUUGGCAUCACCAUCCUCAAUAAGGACCUGGACUUAAAGCUGACCCUCAUCCGGUCAGUCACUGAGAUCAGCCGUGCCAUCCAGGACGCUGACGGCUCCCAGAGCUUCCAGUUCACGUACAAAGAGGAGCUGCUGGGGUACAUGCUGGACUUCAUAAAAGAGGAACCGAUGGAUUCCCUGUCCUCUCCUGUUCGCCUCACGGCCAUGUUUGCCAUUAAGCACCUGAGCAAGGUGAAACCCUCCCUGAAUCGGGAUGCAAACAGAAGCCUGCUUGAAACCUGCCUCAGGUGCCUGGUACCUCUCCCAGCUGUGCAGCACCUGACACAGGAGGGGGAGACAGCUCAGGACUCAUUGCAAAUACAGUCCUUGCACGAGUUGUCCAUGCAGGCCUUGGGCGAGCUCAUGAGAGGCCUCCUUGAAGAAGACCCCACUGAGAGCUGGGUCAUGGAGAUGUUCCACCUUCUUGAGCCAUGGCUUUCAGCUGACAAGGAGUGGGAGAGGGACAGGGCCUUGCAGGGCAGCGCCCAGCUGCUUGCCGCCUGUCGAGAUGCCGUCUACUGCAGAGUAAGUAUGGGCUAA